CUUUCCCCCCUUCGUCGGCUGGCCGGCGUGCCGACUUGCUCACGAACUUGCCGACUGCCAGUCGUCUUUUCUCGCAGCGUCCUCACAAAUGCGUCGUCAGAAGCUUCAAGUAGCGAAGGUGACCUUUCUUGCUCAGGAAAGCCCAAGGGAUUCGGGAGCUUGAGAAAGAACUUCCAGCCGACGACACAGAAAAAGAAGACCGGACCCGGCGCGAGCGGGCCAAAAACCAUGAAUGGACGCGACAAGGCCGAGGUCCUGGCGCAGACCAGCGCCGAGGUCAUGGCCAAGCUGGCGGCGGCCCGGGCAGCGGCGGCAGCAGCAGCCAGCAAUGGCAGUAGUAGCAGCACUAGCACUAGCGGGUCGGAGGUCGCAAGCGGCACGGGCAGCGUGGCCAGCGCAACAUCGUCUGAGGACUGGGUCGAAGACUGGCGGCGCAGCGACGCCAAGGUCAACAAGUACCCCGACAUGCGGGAGUUCACGGCGGUGGGCGCCGGCGGCGAUGACUUCAAGGCGGCGAUGGUCAAGUGCGUGGAGGACGUGGUGGGCGGGCCGGCGCCAGUGACCACGCGCGCGAGCAGUGGUGGCAACUACCUGUCUGUGCGCGUGGGGCCGGUGCGCGUGGAGAGCCCCGAGCAGGUUCUUGCCGUGUUCCUCGCCAUGCGCAAGGACCCCCGGCUCAAGUUCCACCUGUGAGCGUGUGAUCGGCGCGUGGGCGAACACGGAGCCAUGGAGGUGGCGGCGCUGGUCGGACAGGGUGGGGGGAAUCAUGUACCCGAGCCCAACAUUGCUAAGUAUACCCAAUAUGGAUUGCCAACGUGAUCAUGCGGACCAGGGUACGGACCAUAGGCCGUGUCAACCAUAGGACAGUUACACGGGGGUAAGCAGAGUUAAUGAUAACGUAGGCCCUUCUUGCGCUCCGGCUGACAUGACGUCGCGUCCCCUCGAGAGGCAAGCACUGUGCGGAAUGGCAAGAUCGUUAUUGUGGAGGAGAGAAGCGAUGGAGUCGGCGACGGAUAUGCUAAAUGCAGGCGAAGCGUGCUGUGGCUGAGGACCGAGUGCAAGCGUUGCUGGCGACCUGGCGUGCAGCCAUGCACGCGCUAGCACGCGCAACGCAAUGCGUGGGCAGGCUUCCCUAUGUGCGUCUCAACCCCAUUGCCG